ACUUUCAGGGAGUGCUGAAGCAAGCACACUGUUCCUCAUGUUCCCAGUAAAUUCUAUUAGUUGGAAUUAUGGAUCUUAAAAGUACCUUCUGUGUGGAUUACACAGGAUCAGCGCUUCAGAAACUAAUCUACAUCAUUCUGAUGAUACUCUGCCACAACAUAAAUAGUCACCUGGCCAUAGAACUGGAAUAUAAAGUGCAAGAGAAUGAAAGUGAAGGAGUGUUUAUUGGGAACGUAGCCAAAGAUAUAUUUUUGACAUCAGCUACUGCCUGUGAUUCACUAGCUUACAAAUUCAUGAAAGAAAUGGACUAUGUAAUGCUCAAGCCUGAGAGUGGGGAGCUAUAUACAACCAAGCAGAGAAUCGACAGAGAAACCUUAUGCCCAGUCAAAUUCCGAGGUGAUCCUUGUGUCCAACAAGUCAAUGUGGUUAUUCUGUGUGCUGAUCAGUAUCUGCAAAUGGUGAAGGUUAAGAUAGUUAUCCUGGAUGUCAAUGAUAAUGCACCGUAUUUUGCAGAACAAGUGAUGCAACUCUCUAUUCCAGAAGACGCAGCUGCAGGUACAUCAUUUGGAAUUGACUAUUAUGCAAUUGACAAUGACACUGGAGAGAAUAGCAUUAAACAUUACUAUCUUGAAAAUAGCCAAAAUGUUUUCGGUUUGAACGAUGAUGAAACGCCCGCCAUUGUUGUCCAGCAACCAUUAGACAGGGAGGUGAAGGACUUGUAUGAAAUGAAAAUCGUGGCCGUGGAUGGUGGUGUACCCCCUUUAUCUGGAACAGCCACACUUCUGAUCAACAUUCAAGACAUUAAUGAUAACUGCCCUGUUUUUAAUGCAUCAGAGUUUGAUAUUCAGAUUCCUGAAAACAUGUCCUCCAAUAGUGUGGUGACACAGCUACAUGCUGUCGAUGCAGACCUAGGCCCUAAUGCUGAAAUUUCCUAUUCUUAUGGCAAUCGUGUUCAGGAUGUAUCCAGGAAACUGUUUAUCUUAGAUAGUGACACUGGGCUUAUCAUAUUUUCUGGAAAUAAAAGUCCAGAGAUACCUCCUAUACAUAAACUUACAGUAUUGGCUAAUGGUCCAGGCUGUGCCCCAGCUAUAGUUCAAAUUACAGUGUCUGUCAUGCACAACAGCAAAUACAGUCCAAAGUUGGAGAUCAGCUAUAUAGCUAACCAGGCAGAUGGUGUGAUUUACCUGAAGGAGACUGCACCUGAAAAUACCCCAAUUGCUCUCCUCGAGGUAACUGAUCCAGAUCAUUAUUUAAAAGGGACAAUCUAUAUCAGCGGCAAUGUGCCUUUCUAUUUAAAACCUUAUGAAAGGUCAAGAAAUAAGCAUCUUGUCGUCACAUCACAGCUUUUAGAUCAUGAGCUUGAAAACCAAUAUAAGAUUGUAAUUAAGGCAGAAGAUCCUCGUAGUCUUCAUGAACUAACAAUACAUGUUAAGAUUAUUGAUGAAAAUGACAACUCCCCAGAAUUCUACCAAAGCUCCUUUGAGGCUUCCAUUGAGGAAAACAACACACCUGGAGCUUUUUUACUGAAGAUCUCGGCAACAGAUGCUGACAGCGGCAAGAAUGGGGAAGUGACUUACCACUUGGGACCUGAUGCUUUACCUAUCUUUUCAAUUGAACAACUCACAGGCAAUGUAACAGUGUCCACCGCCCUGGACAGGGAAAAAGAGAAACUGUACAGGUUUUCUGUUUCUGCUGUUGACCAUGGAAUUCCUCCUAGAAAGAGGAGCACUAUUGUAAUCAUUCAUGUCUUGGACCAGAAUGAUAACAUACCCUCCUUCCUCACCAAUGACUACACAUUCUUUAUUCCAGAAAACUUCCCACGACAUGGCGAAAUUGGAGUCAUCAAUGUAACAGAUUUGGAUGAAGGGGCUAAUGGUGAUGUUACUGUGUCCAUCCUGAGUAGUAGUAGCAAUUUUUUAAUGGACAACACCAGAGGAAUCUUACGUUGCAAUUCUUCAGUCGACCGAGAGAAAAAUACUAUGCACGUAUUCUGGGUUGAGGCAGUGGAUGGUGGGAAACCACCUCUUUCCGCAACAGCAAAAAUAACUGUAUUUGUUCUAGACAUAAAUGAUAAUCCUCCAACUGUAUUACUUCCUCAGUCAAACAUAUCAUGGCUUCUUGUGCCCCCUAACACACCCCAAGGAACUGCAGUGGCUGAGAUUUAUGCCAUUGACUAUGAUGCUGGUAUUAAUGCCGUCAUGACUUACACUAUUGUUGGGAGGAAUGGUCCUGCUCCUCAUGUGUUUGGAAUUAAUACAGCGACAGGAAACAUUACAUUGCAAGAGAAACUGUUGAGCAAAGACUAUGGCUUGUAUCAACUACUCGUAAAAGUCAGUGAUCUUGGACAGCCCCAACCUCUCCAUUCCACAGUAAUGGUCAAUUUGUUUGUCAAUGAGACUGUGAGCAAUAAAAGUUACUUGGAAGACUUGUUGCACAGACGAACUGUUUUCACAGAAGAAGUGCAAACUGAACCAAAUCCAUGUCCAUUAUUACAGACAUUAGACAUCCCCUGUUCCCCUCCAAUCAUUCCCAUUGCAAUCACAAUGAUUAUUGUCUCUGUUAUUUUCUUUACUAUUUCUCUUUGUAUGCUUCUAAGCAUGAGAAAGAAAAGUAAAAAAAAAGAACUUUACAUAGAUGCCCAGAUACCAUUAAAAAUAAAUCUUGACUAUUAUACAAAAGACUGGAAUGAUGAACAGUUGUAGAACUCUAAAAACUUGUUGAACAAAACACACGAAAGACUGCAGUAAGCAUAUGAAGAAUGGCUUUGUAGUUUACUUAAAAAUAAACUGCAUUUCAAGAACAUUUUUACCUUUCUUAAAUAUAUAUAUAUAUAUUUAUAACAUUUCUCAUAAAGUUACGUGCUAACAAAACCUUUAUAAAUAUUGAAUAAGUACUGUUGAGAAAUCUGGCACAAAUAGGAACCUGGUAAAACCAACUAACUUGCUUCAUUGUGUACUGAAACAUUCUGUGAAAGACAAGUUUUCUCACAGUGUUCAUUUGUUCUCUUCACAUUUUUUCAGCAUGCCAAAACCAAGUUUGUAUUUCAAAGUUUCUGUUAAAUUACAUUUAGACAGCCAUUUUUAUAUUGCAAAAGUGGUCCAAUUUGUGGUUCAUGACAGCAACAAGAGUUGAAUAUUCAACAGUUUGGAGUUUCUGAUUGUAAUUCAGAAGUAAUUUGGGUUUCUGAAAGUUUAGUUUACUCAACCGUUGUCUGCAAUCCCAUGCAAAACAUGGCAAUGUAUGAAUUGGGAAUGAGGCAUAAUUGGAUGCUGUGGGCUGGGACUUAUCACAAGUUCAACUUUCCCUUGAUACUCCCAUCACCCACAGGAACAGUUCUCUCCUGCCUCUUCUCAACUAACCGGUUGUGAGUAUCAGCAAAUGGGCAGGUCUACAAUCACCAAUUCAUUGUCCUCCACUCUGCCCAAGUUACUUCCACUUUCUUGAAUCAAAACAUGGCAGGUUCCAACAGACCAGAGGUAGUAGCUAGAACAGAUCUAAGGUUAAGAAUUGUCGGAAAGGACGUAUAAGUUCUAAGGGGUAAUUUUAAAUUCAAAUACUGGGUGUGCAAAGUUCAAAUUUCAGAUCCAGACUUAAUACCUCUCAAUUUCUGUCCGUGACCAGUUUUAAUAAUUUGAAUGUUGUAAGGCACAUAGAAGCAGCUUUGGAAGUAUUUGGUAACUAGGAAUCACUAUUUAUCAUUUGUUAAGUACUCACUUCACAGCAGUUGCUCUACAUUCGCCACUCUCCAUGCCCUCCUGAAGUCAAAGCCUGGCAGAUGCCUCUCUGAACGAAGCCAGGAGACCAGCGGGAGCUCUUAUAGUUGCACCCCAUCUGCACCUCGGAGUUACAAGUUUCAAAAUGCUACAGCUGUGGAUGGAGGCCUUCUCGUGUGGGAGUUUUCCCUUCACAAUGUUUGCCUGGCAGCUGUGGCCACAGUUUACUUUUAAGCAUUCCAAAGUCUUCAAAAGGAUGCCCCCAUUUUGACAUGCUCUCACGCUUGCCCAUUGAUAAUGGCAGCACUUGUACUUUCUCAAGGAGGGCUGCUAGUCAUCUGAGUGUUUGGCCCACAUGUUAGUCUCCCCACUUGAGUAGCCCAUCCAUUAACCUCCAAGAAGAUUGUGCAGACAGGCUUACCUCAGAAACCAUCAGGCCCGGGUGCCAGGAAUGAUCCCAGUCCACUUUUAAAAAACAUGGUAAAAUUCCACCAUCACCAGCUGGACAGGAGAAUGACCUCCUCUAUUUUCAGGUGGAAGGUUGACCAUCAAAAGCACUUAAGCAGUCUUCAUGCCUCCAUAUAAGUCUGCUUUCUAUUUCAGUCAACGGAUAGUGGAAAACCAAUGGCGAAAUGGAGGCAAGAACAACUGGAUCCAUAAAGAAGUGCUUUAUGGGAUGGUGUUAUCUCCCAGCCAAAUAGGCAAUUCUGUAAACUCCAUAGGUCCACUGCCUAUCUGAUACUGUACCCACACCCACACCCCCUCCCACACCUCCUUGACCCCCCACUUACUGACUGCUGUCUCCCCAUGGCUUAUGAUUUUUGUCUGCUCCCUAUGCCCAAAAUCAUUGAACACAAUCUACCCCCAUGAACUAUUGUCCCUGCAAUAUAUGUUCUUAGACAGCUACCUAUGCUGGCAGCUCCUUUAUAAGGGACAUUCCACUCUCAGUUAUGUUGAUCUCUUCCUACAUAUAGAUUCCUACACACAUAUCGGUUGCACCAUGCAUAAAGGUCCUUACCCCGUCACCUGUUUUAACCUCCCCCUAUAUACAUAUCCUGACAGACCACCUUUGACACAUAACUAGCUGUAACUUGCUUAACCUUCGGGAAUCUUCAACUGCUGCAGUGGCAGCCACACUGAGAUUUUGCAGUUCAGCAGUGGUCAAAUGGAAAUCCUGGUGGGAGGCUAGCAAGCAUAAGUAUAACCCCCAAAAUUCCCCUGAGUUGGAGGGACAAGUGGAACUUGGAGCCUAUCUAGAAGAGAUGAAUCCAGCCCAGAGAAGUUCUCUGCUUUACUACAAUAAAGCAAGAAACACUAUCAUUUCAAAUAAUAUUUUCUUAUAUGUUAAACCAAUGCCUGUAUCUUCAAUAUUUAGUUUUGUUUUGAUUGGAUGCAUUGAUUUUAAUGUUUAAAUGCAUGACUGAUUGAAAUUCCCCCAUCACACAAUCAUUCAUAUUAUGUAAGACUUGAGAAUUUCUUCAAGCAACAUUGUGAUCCAUGAGUGCCUCCAUGUUUAAAAUCAAAAUAGCAUUUGAAUAGCGGCAGUAUUACAACAGUAAUCCCACAUGCUCAACAAAUAAUGGAGAAACAUACAAGUCCUUCAGAAAGAUUUAUAAUCACUGUGCAAAAUAAAGCAUAUUUUGGUUUUUAUUAACAUGCUUUUUGGGUUUUAUUUUGAUAGGCAAAAUACAAAAUACAAGAAUAAGAUCAAUGUUUUCUAUUUUUGAUGAAGCCGUGCGUAUUGACAUUACAUUUAAACAAAGAAUUGCGGUAAACUAGAAGCAUGCCGAAAUCUGGAAAUCCCUGGGUCUAUAGUCUGACUGCUGCCAUUUUUGAUAGGAGAGAACCCAGGCAGUAUUAUAUUGGGAUUCAAUGGGGAAUGUUUGUGUAUUAGUCAGACCAUCUCAUAUUGUAACAAACAUCUCAAGAUGUCAAAGAUUGAAUACCAAAGUAGAGGGUUUUCCUUGCUUCAUGGAAUCUUUUCUGGCUGCUGGAUGAAGGAUCAAGUUUCAUCACAGAUAUUUUAUGUGAUAUAUUAAUAAAGAUUAGCAGUUAUGAUAAAAGUGUUCACUUAUUUUAUGUAUUUUCCACUGACAUAUCUUUACAGGGUCUGGAAUCAACUGAUGCGGAUUAAAGAAAAAAGGCAAGAAGAGUAACAUUUCUUGAUUGAUAGCAGUGUAUCUCAGUGGGUUGGCUGUGUCAGUAGGAGAGACCAAUCGUUAUUGUAGUUAUUUGGAGGCACAAAUCUGUGGCCAAGCAUUUCUAAAUAUGGAUUCAUAUUGUUUAAACUGAGCUUCCUAAUCCACCAUUCAGCAGCCAGCCAAAAAAAACUGAAUGAAUUUGACUCCAUGAUAGCGAUGCAUUGUUUAGGAAUUGAACGCUAAAUGUACAAUGGGAGAUAGUCAAGAAACAGAUUUUUGUUUGCUUUGGACAUGUACUGUAAAGAUAUAAAUCACUAUAAAUGCAUUGUUUUGCAUUGAAUGCACCAGUUACUUAUAUAGUGUUGAAUAAAUCCUCCAACUGUUUGUUGUCCAAGACUGAGUCUGAUAAUCUGCCAUUAAAGAGAACUCAAUCACAUGCUGACUUUUAUCCAUUCUGGCUAUUUGACACACAAAAAUAAGUCAAUUCUGUUUAAUGCUUGGAAUGUCCAAUUGUUUACCUUGAUCCUGAACUGUUAAAGGUACUUGACAGAAUGCAGUGAAGUGAAUGGAAAAACAAUAUUGUGCAGAAGACUUAAAACGUGCUUAUUUUACUGAGCAAAUUGGAUGAGAAAGGGGCAAAUUUUUUUCAAGGAGGCCACCUUAGUGUAGAGUAUGAAAUUACAAGCAAUUAAAGACAUGAACAGAUAGACUGUCUAUUCAACUUGCCCAUAUAAUUGUAGCAUCUUGGAUAACACAGCAGACAUAUUUCUAACCCUGUCCAAAGUCAUGUGAUUUCUUGGGAUGAGUGCAAGAAUUGACAGAAAACCCAGGUCAAUUUGAGGCUACAAAAUCUGUAAAAGUCCAUUUUAAUAUCUCUAACAUGAUUGGUUUCUUACACUAGUUUCAUUCUGGCUCUGAUUGGUAUUAAGCUGAGGGGGGACCUUAUAGAGGUU